GGUCAUCGUUUUCGAGAUUGUGUUGUCGGUAUUGCACCGUCCACCACGCACCACACGCAUGGCGCGGGAGAGGGCCGCCCAUCUGUCAUGGAUAACGCACCAGCCAGUUUCACGCCUGAUGACGGCAGGUCAGCAGAACGGCCACCCACUUGGCCCGCGCGUGGCAACGCCACGCCGGUGUCACCGCAUGCCAGACAGCGCGGUUUGCUGGGAGUAUCCCCUUAUGGCAGCCCGGAUGACAUGCGAUCAACAAAGAGGCCGCAUGUUCACUCUCUUUCGCCUACGGUCGUCGUCACUCCCGGCGUUGCAGUUGUGCAUUCUCCGUUGCCGCCCUUGUUGCCGUCUCCAGUGCGCCGUCCAUACACUCUAGUACACCCUCUGUCGGAUUUCGAUGCGUUGUGUUUUCCUGUGCUGUCGCUGCCAUUGCAACCUCGCCGUUUGCAGUUUCUGUCGUGUGUUGCGCAGCCAUUUCCUCCUCCUCCACUUUUCGUUGGACGCGACGGGUUGGACUCCAUCCCCCUAGAGGGGUGUUCUCAAUCAUCAGGAGCGGUGUUUGGAAGUGGAGGGUCCACACUGCGUGACGGAGGACGUCGGAGUGUAGAACCGCGGGUCUCACAUUCGUUCGCCGCAUCAGGCCAUGGGCAGGGGGGUGUAUUGGAUGAUGCACGUCGUGCCUCUGCCGGGGACACACAUGACCGUAAUUCCGCCCGGCGCUCUCUCGUCUCCUGGUUCGACGAGGAUGACAAUGUGUGUGGUAGCGGAGAUGGGCCCGACCGUUGCGAUCCUGGCGCUCAAAAUCUUGGAGCAGGUCGUUGUGAACAUUCGGGCGGGUCUUUGGGGCAAUUUGGUUCGCAGUCAACUGGUUCCGCGAAGUACUCGCGUUUGUUCCUGACUGCCGCCUGCAAGGAGAGACUGCGCCUUUUACAAUCUGCGAUGAAAGAAGUGAGCGACAAGUCUUGGGUCAUGAGCGAUGUCGUCGACCGACUGUUGCAUUGGUCAUUGCCAGCCAUCCGAGAUGAGGGCGGCGACUUUGUCACUCUGCACAAUGAUGUCAUGAUGAUCGCCGACCAUUGGGCCGGGGACCACUCCAGGUGCGUUGCGGACAGAGAGCUUCUAUGCUCAAAGGCGGAUGGCCCAUCUCGGCUGCCUUUGUACAUGCACGACGACCCCGUGUAUGACAUCAUUCGCCAGACGUUGGGCAGGCAUUGCAGCACGACCGUUUGUUCGUACUACACGGAGUUCCGUCAUACGUCGACGGUUGAGACCUUCCAGGGCACAAUCAUCAUUUACGCGAAGAAGACCUUGCACUUCGAGAAGUCGUAUGAGCUGCGUUUGGCGAUUGCAGUCAUUCGAUGGAACAGUCAUGCAUGGCAGGAUCCCUUGGAGUAUCGUGUCCACAGGCCUUCGGGGACUUCGAUUCGUCCAAGGCCGAGCCACUACCGUCACAAUCGGCCACCUACCGAUUCGUGGAUGAAUCGACUGUCCACGUUCAUCUUCAGUUCAAAAUGUGUUUCAGAUUGGGCUCGACGCCUUCUCGAGUACGACGACUGUGAUGUGUCGGGGUCGGCUCCUUGACACCUCCUCUGCCUCGCGAUCUUUUUUGCAGAGGCGAGGAUACCAUUGCCCGU